AUGCUGCACAAUAGCCUGCUCACAACUGCCGCUGUCCUGGGGGCGUUUCUCACUCAGACCGUCUCGAGCUUCUCCCAGCUGUCCGCAAGACAAACGAGUCUCGAGACGUACUUGACUAACGAAGAGCCAAUUGCUUAUAAAGGUGUCCUUGAUAACAUCGGCUCUGCAGGGGCCAAGGUAGAUGGCGCGCAACCUGGUAUAGUUGUUGCAAGUCCUUCAAAAACAGAUCCUGAUUAUUUCUUCACAUGGACGCGUGAUGCAGCCUUGACGCUGAAAGCCCUCGUGGACCGCUUUUUGGUCACGAAAGAUCCUAGCCUGGAGCUAUUGAUUCAGGACUAUAUAUCCUCUCAAGCGGCCCUCCAGGGUGUAUCGAAUCCCUCUGGUAGUCUCUCGUCUGGUGGACUGGGAGAACCUAAGUACUACGUUGACAAAACUCCAUUUACUGGAAGUUGGGGCCGACCGCAACGUGAUGGUCCUGCGUUGCGUGCAACUGCGUCUUUAGCAUAUGCCAAAUAUCUGAUAGCAAACGGGAAUGCCACAACCGCAAAAGACAUCAUAUGGCCUAUCGUCAACAAUGAUCUUUCAUACGUGACUCAAUACUGGAAUCAAACUGGCUUUGAUCUUUGGGAAGAGGUACAGGGCACAUCUUUCUUCACAAUUAUCGCACAGCAUCGUGCUUUGAUUGAAGGAAGUGCAGUCGCUAAACAAUUGGGCCUCACUUGUGCCAAUUGCGACUCGCAAGCACCACAAGUUCGGUGUCUCAUUCAGAAGCUCUGGAGCAGCUCCGGUGGAUACAUGUACGCAGACGUCAAUGCGAACAACGGCCGAAGCGGAAAAGGUACAAACACCAUCCUUGCUUCCAUCCACUCCUACGACCAAAGUGCUGCGUGUGACGAUGCUACCUUCCAGCCAUGCUCAUCUCGCGCUCUAUCUAACCUAAAAGUUGUUGCGGACUCUUUCAGGUCUUACCAGAUCAACUCUGGUAUUGCCCAAGGACAGGCAGUCGCCCUCGGGCGCUACAUCGAGGACGUCUACUACAACGGGAAUCCAUGGUAUCUUACGACUACCGCCGCCGCAGAGCAACUGUACUAUGCACUUUCCACCUGGGACCGGAUCGGCUCCAUCACCAUUGACUCCGUCUCUCUCGCCUUCUUCCGCGACAUAUACCCAUCCGCCGUGGCGGGAACAUUUACUAAAGGCUCGGCAACGUACGCCAGUCUCACAUCUGCCGUCAAGACUUUCGCCGACGGCUUCUUCGCAAUUGUGCAGAAAUACACACCGGCGAAUGGAGGUCUUGCGGAGCAGUAUUCAAAGUCAAAUGGUAGCCCCCUUUCUGCCGUCGACCUCACCUGGUCUUACGCGGCCUUCCUAACUGCAAAGGCUGCCCGCGACGGCAAGUUGCCGCCUAGCUGGGGUGCCCAGGGCGCUACCAGUAUUCCGACCACCUGUUCUGCGACAUCUGCAACAGGCACAUAUGCCAGCGCGACAAAUACUGCAUGGCCCGGUCGUCCAGCACCAACAUGUGGUGCAGGAACGAGCUUCGCCGUGACAUUCAACGUUAAAGCAACUACGGCUUUCGGACAGAAUAUUUUCGUUGCGGGCUCCAUCAAUCAGUUGAAGAACUGGGAUGCGACGAGCGCUGUGCCGCUCUCGGCGGACCAGUACUCGGACAGUAACCCGUUGUGGCACGGCACAGUCACCAUUCCGGGCGGCACGGCGUUCUCAUACAAGUAUAUCCGCAAGGACUCAAAUGGCGCUGUGACAUGGGAAAGCGAUCCGAAUAGAAGCUAUACGGUGCCCACGACGUGUCAGAACGGACAGGCUGUUGCGACACUCAAUGAUAGUUUCAGGUGA